UAUUUCAAAUUUAUCAAAACUCCGAUCGAUUCAAAGCUGAACCUUUCAAAAGACACGUGAACUAUGGCAACGGCGGUUGGGAUCGGAGAAGGGAAUUCCGGUGACGGCGGUGGAACCUUAUCUAAACUUUACCAAAGCUCCAGACGGCUCUUACUCAAGUCUCGAGAUGGUUUGGAGAGGCUCGAGCGUUUCGAGUACACUUCGUCAUCGUCUUCUUCCAUGCUGUCGUCAUAUUCAUCUUCGAUUGCCGUCAUGGACGAUCCUUCUGAACAACCGUUUGAUGCAGUAAGGCAAGAUAUCGCUCAGAUCCAGUCUCUUUGCUCCAAGAUGGAACUUCUCUGGCGAUCCAUAUCUGCCAAAUCCCAGCGUGAUCUCUGGAAAAGAAAAGUGGAACAAGUGGCUGAAGAAGCUGACUCUUUGAAAGCUAGUCUAGAUAAAUACAAUUUAAGACAUCAGCGGCGUAUGCAAGAAGCCAGGGAGAGAGCAGAACUGAUUGGGAGAAGUAAUGGUGAUUCAUCCCAUGUUCUGAGGAUUUUUGAUGACGAAGCACAGGCAAUGCAAUCUGCUCGUAGUUCAUCCAGAAUGAUGGAAGAAACCCUGGCAACAGGUGUGGCCAUUCUAUCUAAAUAUAGUGAGCAAAGGGAUCGUUUGAAGAGAGCCCAACGUAAAGCACUGGACGUGCUCAACACUUUAGGGCUGUCAAAUUCUGUAAUGAGACUCAUUGAGAAGAGGAAUCGCAUUGAUAGAUGGAUCAAAUAUGCAGGGAUGGUCUUAACAAUCGUAAUUCUGUUUUUCAUUUGGAGGUGGACAAGAUGAUAGGUGUUAUAUCAUCAAGUGGACCAUUAAAACGAGCAUCUUUUCUUGUGGUAGUAUUGAGGCAAUGAAACUUUUAGCCCCCUUGACAGGAAUUGGGGGAAAUUCGACUUGAUGUAGCAUUGCAAUGUAAAAUAUGAAAACGUCAUUUUUGGAAACACUACUGGUGUAUCAAGGGAGUUGACAUGUUUAUGCUGAAUGAUGUAUGCCAUUGUGAUCAAAAGACGAACCACUGCUGUUUCUUUCAA